AUGGCUCAGUUUAGGCACCAAAAACCCUCCUCUUCCAAUUCUUCUCCUUGUCGAUGUCGUUAUGACGUGUUCUUGAGUUUCAGGGGCAAAGACACUCGAAAGACUUUCACAGACCAUCUCUACGCAGCCUUUGUGGAGAAAGGCUUUCCCACGUUCCGAGACAAAGAAGAAGUUGAGAGGGGAGAAGGUAUAAAGCCAGAAUUGCAGAAAGCCAUCCAACAGUCGCGAAGCUCUGUCAUUGUUUUUUCAAAAGACUACGCGUCUUCCGGAUGGUGCCUUGACGAGCUUGUCUUCAUCCUUGAACACAAGAGGAUCUCCUCAGACCAUGUAGUUUUACCAGUCUUCUACGACGUCGAUCCUUCCCACUUGAGGAACCAGACAGGAAGGGUUGGAGAAGCAUUUUCUAGGCAUGAAGAAAAUCAGCAAUCACCCAACAAGAUCAAGCAAUGGAGGGUAGCACUUAGAGAAGUUGCAGAUCUAUCAGGGAUGGUCUUAAAAAAUCAAGCUAAUGGGUACGAGUCAAAGUUUGUCAACCAAAUUAUUAAAGUGAUUGACGACAAACUAAGUCGCAUGCGCACACCCUUUACUGUUGCACCCUACCCGACUGGAAUGGAUUCUCGAGUUGAAUUUAUUAAUUCAUGGUUACAGGAUGGAUCAACCGAUGUUGGUAUACUUUUAAUUAAUGGGGUUGGGGGAAUUGGAAAGACAACCAUUGUGAAAUUUGCUUACAAUUCAAACUACAGAGGAUUUGAACGGAGCUGUUUCCUUGAAGAUGUCAGGGAAACUUCAAAACAGCCCAAUGGUUUAGUUCUACUGCAAAGACAAUUCCUUCACCAUAUUAUGAGUGGAAGAGAAGUGAAAAUACAUAGUGUCGGUGAGGGAAAUAAAAAGAUUAGAGAUGCCAUAAUCUCUAAAACAGUUCUUCUUGUUCUUGAUGAUGUCGAUCAUAUGAAGCAAAUAGGUGCAAUAUUUUCUAUGCAAGAUUGGUUUUGUCCAGGAAGUAAAAUAAUGAUAACAACUAGGUGUGCAGGGUUGUUGAGGGAUCAUGAAAUCUCUAAUUGUACAGUUUACAAUGUUGAAACUCUGAAUGUCAAUGAAUCACUGCAACUCUUCAGUUGGCAUGCUUUUCGACAAGCCCAUCCACGUGAAGAUUGGAUGAAACUUUCAGAAAUGAUAGCAGACCGAUGCGGAGGACUUCCAUUAGCUCUUCAAAUUUUGGGUUCUUCUCUAUCAGGACGACCUAUAGAUGUGUGGAAAAGUGCACUGGAGAAAUUAAAAGCUAUUCCAAAUAAUGAAAUCCUACAAAGACUUAGAAUAAGCUAUGAUGCUUUACAGGAUAACCCCGAUGACCAAAAUUUAUUCCUUCACAUUGCAUGUUUCUUUGUUGGGAAGAGAAAAGAUUAUAUUGUUAGAAUACUAGACGGAUGUGAUUUCUUCACAGUUGUUGGCAUUGAAAAUCUUAUGGAUAGAUGCUUGGUAACAGUUGAUCAAGAUGAGAAAGUGAGUAUGCAUCAAAUGAUAUGUGAUAUGGGAAGAGAAAUUGUUCGCCUAGAAUCCAAGGAGCCUGCGAAUCGUAGUAGAUUGUGGAAUGAUAAGGAUUCCUUCAAUGUAUUGAGAGAAAAGAGUGGUACAGAAACCAUUGAAGGCCUUGCCUUGGAUAUGCAUAUGCACUCGUUAAACACUCCUUGGGGAAACUCAGAUGACGAAGUCUUGGAAACUAAUGCCUUUGCAAGGAUGUCCAAACUAAGACUACUCCAUCUUAGUCACGUUCGAUUCAAGGGUUGCAUUGAAGAAUUUCCGAAAGGGUUAAGAUGGUUGCGUUGGCUUGAAUUUCCUUUGAAAUCUAUACCCAGUGAUUUUCCUUUGGAGUGCUUGGUUUAUCUUGAAAUGCCUCACAGUAACUUGAGACAAGUCUUUAAGGGAAUCAAGUACCUUCGCUCUUUGAAGACCGUUGAUCUAAGUCAUUCCCAUAGCCUUACUGAAAUCUCUAGCUUCUUACUGGUCCCCAAUUUAGAAAGACUUGUUCUCGAAGAUUGUACGAGCUUGGUUGAUGUCCAUGAGUCCAUUGUAAACCUAAAGAAUCUCGUUUGCUUGAAUCUGAAAGGUUGCAGAAAGAUUAGGAAGCUUCCAAAGAAUCUUUUUAAGCUCCAAUCACUUGAUACACUUAGUCUAUCUGGCUGCUCAAAUCUCAAAGAUUUUUUGACGGAGUUGAGGAAGAUGGAGUCUUUAAAAGUGCUAGAUGUUUCCAAAAUUCCAAUAAGUCAAGUGUUCAUGACUACCACUGGAAAGGUCAACCCAAGUGUAGGGAGAACUCCAAAUAAUUUGUGGUCUUUCUUACCACAUGGUUUAGUACAUUUAAAUCUCUUGAGUUGCAAUCUUUCUGAUGAGGCUUUUCCCCAAGAUUUUGGUAACCUACCCUCAUUAAAAUUCUUAGAUCUAAGCAAAAAUCCAAUUUGUAGCCUACCACAAUGCAUCCGAGGGCUUAGGGGGCUUGUUGAACUCAACUUUUCCAAUUGCAAGAGGCUCCAAACACUUGAAGGGCUACCGAGAGUAAGAACUUUCAUUGUGGUUGGUUGCAGGUUGUUGGAAAGAGUAACAUUUCAAUCAAGUUCGUGCGUACCCUUAGAAUAUCUUAGCAUGUAUAACCCGAAGCUAGUUGAGAUCGAAUACCCGUACAACUUUGUACCUAUUGCAAGAUGUGAUGCAGAAACAAUCAAGCUUUUAGGUUUGUGCAACUUGAAAUCCAAGGGAAUCACCAUUCAAAUGUUAUUCCCAUGUAGGAGUUGGGAGUUUUGCAAGAUCAGGAAGUAUCCUAUCCAGGGACUAUAUGAAUAUGGUAUAUUCAGCACGUUUCUUCCUGGGAAUGUGGUGCCAGGCCAGUUCAGCCAUACAAGUAGAGGCUCUUCAAUAUCAUUUACUGUGCCUUUUUCUAACCUCAGGAUUCAAGGAUUGAACAUCUUCUCUGUAUACACAAGCUUUGAUGGUGAUUUUUAUCCUGGUUAUAAUUGUAACAAAUUUAGUCCAAUAGUGACUAAAGUCCAUAAUAAGAGCACAGGAAUGAAGCGUAUCUAUGAUCCAUCAUGCGUUGGCUUUCCAGAUUUAGGACAAGACAUGAUAUUCUUAAGCCAUUGGAGUUUGGGGAAUGAAGUGAAGGGUGGUGACGAAGUAACAGUUUCAAUGUUCAUGAGAUCCUUGUUUCGAUUAAAUGAGUGGGGCAUCCAGCUUGUAUACAAACAAGAUCAAGAGAAGAUGAUUGCCCAAGACGACAACAAUGUAGUUCCUUCUUUUCCAUCUGUCGUUUUAAGACAUUUGCAAGAAUUCGAGCUGAUACCAAGAACAUACUUCCUCUCCAAUGGACCAAUAUCAAGGAGAAUAUGGACAUUUGGACGUUGUGGGGAGUCGGUUUUGUUUGAUGACAUAUUUGGGGAUGGGGACUCAAACUACUCUGAUCAAGAAACAGACGAAAAUGUGCUGCAACAAGGUGUCCUGAGCAAAAAAAAUAUCCAAACGGUUGAAUCGCUAAGAAGAUGGUUGCUCAACAACCGUCACAAGCAAGCUGUCUCCGCUCAUAGUACGUAUCCUCCACAUCAUCUCAAUGGCAGAAAAUUGAGCUUCGAUCUUGCGUUUCUUUCUUUCUUUUUCGGCCGUUUUCAAUCUGCUUCUCAUUACGAGUAG